AGCGUGUAUCAGUACUGUCGUUUUUGCUGGCGUUGUCUCUGUGUGAAAGAGUCAAAAACACCUCCAUAUCCUGGUCUUGUUUCGUCCCAGAGGACUCUAAGACCCAAAGGCGACUUCCACAACCGGAAAAUCUCCUCGAGAGACCGAGUUAUUCUUGUUUUUAGAAACAGUUUCACCCCGACUCAAAAACGGCGGCCGCUUCCCUUGGCAACGGGCCCACGGCAACUCAUCUCAACUUUCCUUCUUCAUCCUCGUCCACUUCAGAAGGAAGGCAAGAGCCAGAAAAGAUGUCUGAAGCUGGAUUGGAGGCUCUGAUUCAAGCAGCACAGUUUCUUGAAGAGAAUGGAGCUUCUGAAACUGGCGCUGAAGUUGACGUUCAGACCUCGGGCCAACGCAAAAGAAACACGAGACACAGGAUGAAGAAACCCUCGCCAUACAGUCGAACAACUCAUAAUCUCUUGGAAAAGAAUAGACGUGCUCAGUUGCGUGACUGCCUUGAAGUCUUGAGGCAGCAUGUUCCCUUUCCAGAUAAGCUCACAACUUUGGCAUUGCUUCAAAGUGCAAGGAAAUACAUUGAAGCCUUAAAGACAAAGGAGAAUGAAGAGACUCAACUUAUCUCUGAGCUUCAAAGAACACAGACUAUUCUACUCACUCGUCUCGCUGCCCUAGGGGCCGGUGGGAAGCUCCUCCCACCAGUCGUCACGGCUCUAGCAAACGCCACCACACCCUCUUCCAUAAACUCGAUGAUGUCUUCGUCUCUCUCUGUCUCAAACUCCGCUGCCCCCACCUCAACAACUAAUGCCAACGGGGCCUCCUUUUCGAAAGCCAACCCGGUUACCACAGCAACCGUUGCUGCAACCGGAAAUGGGGCGGGGCCAACCGAAGAGCUUGACGAGAGUCUGGUGAUUGAUGUGAUUCAUGAUUCAGACGAUAAUAGCUCAACUACUUCCGGUAGCGAUGGAGGCUGUACUUCAACUAGUCACAAGAACACUACGGCCAUUGCUACAAGUACUAGCAACAGUACUAAUGACAUUGAGCCUACUCCUGCCACUGCUCAAUGAGGGGGAGAGAGAGGAGGGGGCAGUACUUAGUGCCUCCUCUUCUUGUUGCUACUUUUUCUAAAUUUUAACCGGGUUACUAUAGACUAGUAGUUACAGUACAUGCUGACUCUGGCUUGUUUGCUGUUUUUUUUUCACUCUCUCUGUGUGUUGAACUGACUGUAUGUUACAUGUUUGUAUGUGUGUGUGUGUGUGUGUGAUAUGUGCAUGUACUCAAGGAAGAUAAGUACUUUCUUUCUCUUUUUCCUGUGUUCUCUUUUCUCAUACUCAUUUUCCAAAUGAGACGCAGAAUCCGUUAUAAGGAACAAUAAACCAUAGUUAAAUAAAAUAAAUAAUAAUAUAUUGAUAAUUAUAAUUAUUAUUAUUAUUAUUAUUAUUAUUAUUAUUAUUAUUAUUAUUAUUAUUAUUAUUAUUAUUAUUAAUUACAGAUAAUAAAAUAGAGGUAUUAUUUAACAAAUUGUCUUAUUUUUGAUCACCAGUUAUAAUUUUAAAUGUAAUGUUGAUUCAUCAGGAAGAUUUAACGUAAAAAGCACAUUAUUAUUAUUAUUGUUAUUAUUAUUAUUAUUAUUAUUAUGAAACUAUUCUUCUCUGUUCCUUUUUCUUUCAUUUCCAUUAUUAGUAGUAAUAAUAAUAAUUAUUAUUUAAAUCUCUUCCCCCAUUUAACUCCUUCCUUGUUUCCAUUACUCUUUUGUAAUACUCUUUUAAUGCAUACCUUUUUGUUUGUGUUUUUUUUGUUUGUUUAAGCUCUUUGUUGUUGUUUAUUUGAACACUUAUUAUUGUCAUUAUUAUAGUUAGCAAGAGAGAUUUAUUUUCAUGUGUCAUUAUGUUUGUUUGUCAGUAAAAACAAGUUGUUAUUUUACUGAUUUUCUUAAUAAUUAUUAUUACUGAA